AUCCCACCUAGUCAUAUGCUUGUCUCCUUUUAUUUUCACAAAACCACCAUUUCGUACAAUUAGCUUAACUGCCUUCCUUGUUCUAUUUCACCAUGAGUGACGAUGAAGGCGGCCAUGUUUUUGACGAGCGCAUCUGGAGAACGGAGUCAUAUUACGAUGUCCCAAUCGAAGAGUAUGCUCAUACAGCCAUUGAGCUAGAGGAUGAGGUGGAUCGGGUCUUGACCGAAGGUUGUAAGGUGGACGCCUGUCUGGAUUGGUAUAUCUGUUGCCUGAAAGAGAUCGACUCGGAUUAUGGCCGGCGCAUGUAUAGCCCCGACAAUCUCGAAUCAUUUGCGGGUUCCAGGUUGGAGAAGAUCAAGAAAGAAUUGCGAGAAAAUUUGAACCGCUUAACUCCUGACUAUCUUGAUGGUGAAACAGACAUUCUGAAGGUUAAGAAACUGCACAAACGGUUGGAGAAUCGAUGGCAUAAAGUCCGAGUGGGUAGCAAUACCAAGAAGCGAGAGCAUGUUUCCAGUGCGCUUUUGGAUACUCUAAUGGAGAAGCAUUGUCACCAACGGAGUGGACAUAUCGAACCCUCUUCAACACCUACCUUACCAGAAACACAGGACAGCUUUCUUGACUCGUGUCUUCAAUUGAAGACGUUCAUUGAAGGGGAGCAAACUACUGCUUCCUAUGCAUGUGGGGGUAGCAUCCCUAUCGUUCAAGCAACUGGCCCCCCUGAUAAGCACCCACGAGGUUCUGGUCCCGUCAACAUCUUCUGGUCGAUUGGGAAUGGCUCAGCGAGACAUGUAUCACUACCUCUUAGGGCUGACGCCGAAGACGCGAACCCUGAAGUGCUACAACACUUGAUAAACAGCUGUGGUCCAGCCAGUUUUGGUCGCGGACAGGAGACUGUGAUGGAUCUAUCGUACCGAAAAGCUGGAAAGUUAGACCCUGAAAACUUCGCAACAAGCUUCCAUCCCGCCGAGUUUGGAAUUAUCGAAACAAUUGAGAAGGUGCUUCUUCCUGGGACAGUUAGCGAAGCAGCGAACAGAUUAGGGUCGCGCAAGAUCUAUGCGGAACUCUAUAAGAUGAAUAUUUAUUCAGGGCCGUCUGGGCUUUUUCGUAGCCACGUUGACACUCCCCGCUCUGAGAGACAAAUUGGUUCCUUAGUAGUUUGCCUUCCAGCACGUUUCCAGGGUGGAAAUUUACUUGUAAGGCACCAAGGGAGAGAGGUGAACUUUGAUUGGGCUGCAGGAAGCGAAACCACCAUCCAGUGGGCUGCCUUCUACAGUGACUGUGAACAUGAGAUCAAAACAAUAACAGAAGGAGACCGGAUCACGUUAACCUACAAUCUGUACGUUUCAAACCGGGCCGACAGCGUUCUUCAAUCGAUAAUGGAUCCUAAGUCACUACCAUUGUACGGCUGGGUCAAGGAUCUUCUCAUGAAACCGGGAUUUCUGGACGACGGGGGCGUUCUUGGUAUAUUCUGCUCGCACGCCUAUCCCCAUACCUCUAAUUCCACCACCUAUGACCUCCCAAGAGGGCUUAAAGGGUCAGACGUGGUAUUGUAUUCCAUCUUUCAGUCCCUAGGAUUACACGUGCAAGUUCUGCCAGUUUUGGAAAAUGACGGGAAGUACAUCCCCGAAAAUCCAGAGUUAGGACUCAAAGGGCACAUCGAAAGCCGAUCUAGCUAUAUCGGCGAAUGGGGCGGCUUCGGCUUUUCCAAUGAUCUCCAGCCAUACUUGGCCAGGAACAAACGCCUUCUCGUGAACUUUUCUGAGGUACUGCCACAGGUCUCCAGCCGAGAGGACCUUGCCAAUGUCGACCGACGAUGGAAGCUCUUGAAGAUGACACGACAUGUGAGGAGUAUGAAGGAGGCAAUUUCUUUCGCACAACGGGAAGGUCUUCCGUACAAAGAAGAUAGCGGCUUUGUGACAGAGGGAGCGCAGAUUGGAUCACGCCUGCGGCCCUAUGAAACGACGGAAUGGGGGAAUGAUAUGCCGAUGGACGAUGUGCUGCCACAUGUCUGGCCCGCAUACUACCUCCCCGGGAUUACGUGGCUCACGGAGCCAAAGCAUGAGGAGAUGGCGUUCAGUCAGAUCACCUAUGGAAAUGAGGCUGGGAUUGGAACGAGAUACUCGUGUGCUGCCAUUUUCGCGGUGAUACCCCCAUGGGACCAAAGAGGGACAAUUCGUGAAAAUGAAGGAUCCGAAGGUAAAUGACUAGAGUUGAAGUAGCCUACUUAGAAGGCUUAACGGGCGGGAAAUGGUGUUUUACGCGAAUGCUCGACAGAUUGUUCAAGUCCUCCAUCUCAGUCGGGGGGGAUGUUUUC